AUGGCAUCUCCAUUAGGCAGCCAGUUGGCCAGCUUUGCAGCCUACAAGAAGAGUCCGGACAUUUUAACAACUAGUCAUGGUCAUCCUGUAGACUGCAAGACAGCAACACUGACAGCAGGUGCUAAAGGGCCAGUACUGUUGCAGGACUAUGUGUUCUUGGAUGAGAUGGCUCACUUUGAUAGAGAGAGGAUACCAGAGAGGGUAGUCCAUGCAAAGGGAGCUGGAGGUGAGUCAGGUAGUGCUGAUACAGUGAGGGAUCCAAGAGGAUUUGCUGUCAAAUUUUAUACUGAGGAUGGUAAUUGGGAUCUUGUUGGUAAUAAUACACCAAUAUUCUUUAUAAGGGACCCUAUACUAUUUCCUAGCUUUAUACAUACUCAAAAGAGAAAUCCAUCUAUACCCUUUAAGACUGAUCAAGGUAUAGCUAAUCUUAGUGUUGAGAAGGCUGGCAUUCUUGCUGGCUCUGAUCCAGACUAUGCUAUCAAGGACCUUUAUGAUGCUAUUGCUGCUAAGAACUAUCCUUCGUGGACACUCUAUUUUCAAGUAAUGACAUUUGAACAAGCAGAAGAGUUUGAAUGGAAUCUGUUUGAUCUAACUAAAGUGAGUUUACUUCCUAAUAGCCAAGCAAUCUACCGUAUAGCUUGA